UCUUUUAUUACCUGAUAGAAUAUAAAACAGCCUCAUUAAGUAAAGUAAUCAUAAUCAUAAUCAUCAUCUCUUUCUCUACUUUCUUUCCCUCUCUCUCCAUCUACUUCUCCAGAAAUCGCUUCUUCAAUCUGCAUUAUCAGGAUCUCCAGCCUUCUACUUUUUACACCUGAGUGGAAGCAAGCUUCAUGGGUGAUGGUCCUAGAGGAGUAGAGGUUUUUCCAGAUCACUUCCCGCAUUCAACUUCGAGUGUAGAAACCCCGCAAACGACAAGUUCUUCAAUUUCACAUUCAAAGAUCAAUCUUGAGCAUAGCUCAAACAGCAGAUUGUGGGCUAAAAGAAGAUUAAUAACUGCUUCUUCCAUGUUGAAUCUAUUCAAUCUACGCAGACUAACUUGGGGAACAGAUACAAAUGAUAAGCAAAAGGUUAUAUUAUCUGCUCCAGAAGUUGAAUCACUUCGAUCAGAACUUGCUGACAUGGAGGAAAAAGAAGCUCAUCUGAAAGCUCGGUUGGAACAUAUUGAUGAAACUUUGCGUUCUGCUCGUCUUUCAGGCUAUUUACAAAUGCGAACUAGAUGGACAGCUUUACCUGGAGAACCACUUCCUCUUGAUGAUACAGAAGUUGAUGAUUGGCUUCCACGUUUUGUUGUUCUUCUAGGACCAUGCAUCUUCUUGUAUUUCAUGUCUACAGACAUAAGUCCUCAAGACUCCACCCUUUUGUCUGAUGUUGUGGAAGUAGGGAGGAUGCCACGUCAUCAUGAAGAAGAGGGAGAAAAAACUCGGUAUUAUUUUUAUAUAGUUACUCGCCAAGGAUUGAGAUAUGAAUGCUCAAGCACUUCAAAAUUACAGGUGGAUGCUUGGUUGACGACAUUGCAAGAUGAAUGCAAAUUGGGAUCGGAGAGAAUGAGUUCUCAAAUCUACAGAUCUGCAUCACGAGCUGCUAGGUCUUUUCUCUCUUCGGCUUCCAAUUCUUCUUUCUUUACAGAAGGACGAACAGCUGCAACAGCAGCAGCAGUUUCCUUCAAAGGAACACUUCCAGCUCUAGCUUCUUUCACCGAUUCGACAAACACUUCCAACAAAUGGAUUGCCGGAGCUCUCGCACUUCCUGCCGCAGCAUACAUGCUUCAGGACCAAGAGGCACAUGCAGCACAGAUGGAGAGAACCUUCAUUGCGAUCAAGCCUGAUGGUGUGCAAAGAGGACUGAUUUCGGAGAUUAUAGCCAGAUUUGAACGUAAGGGCUUCAAACUUGUAGCUAUUAAACUUGUGGUACCUUCAAAGGCGUUUGCUGGGAAGCAUUAUCAUGAUCUUAAGGAUCGUCCAUUCUUCAAUGGCUUGUGCAACUUCCUCAGCUCUGGCCCUGUUCUUGCAAUGGUUUGGGAAGGAGAAGGUGUGAUUAGAUAUGGAAGGAAGCUUAUUGGAGCCACGGAUCCAUCCAAAUCAGAGCCUGGAACUAUCAGAGGUGAUUUGGCCAUUGUUGUUGGAAGGAACAUUAUCCACGGAAGCGAUGGACCAGAGACUGCAAAGGACGAAAUUAACCUUUGGUUUAAACCUGAGGAGUUGACUAAUUACACUAGCAACCAAGAAAAGUGGGUCUAUGGAGUCAACUAACUCAUCAUACACAGUUACACAUAAACAGAAAUAACACUACACCAAUUUCUUCAAAAUUUCAUCUUUAAAAAAAAUAAACUUAGAUAAAUAAAUCUAUCAUUCCUUGUCAAAAAAUUUAGAAGACAUUUUUUUUUUUCGUUUUAAUGUAGAAGUAUUAUCUUUUACAAGUAUUGAAAAACUGAGAGCAACGAUUAAUCCUUUAA